AUGGUGGAGAAGAAAUCAGAGACGGCGUCGAUCGAUGAGAAGCGUGUCGGGACGCCAUCUGACGACUUCGACUUUGGCGGUGACUCGAUGCUGCCCCCUCCCCCGACGCUGACACCCGAACAGCAGAAGAAGCUAUGGCGCAAGGUCGAUGUGCGGAUUAUACCCAUCCUCGCGUUGAUGUACUUGCUUUCGUAUAUGGAUCGAGGGAACAUUGGAAAUGCGAGACUCCAAGGAUUGCAAACUCAACUACAUCUAACGGGUAAUCAGUACAAUGUCGCGUUGACGAUGUACUUCAUUCCGUAUUGCAUUUUCGAGUGUCCAGCAAACCUCGUACUGAAGCGGUUUAGACCAUCGAGAUGGCUUCCCGGUAUCACAGUCGCAUGGGGCAUUGUCAUGACUUUGAUGGGCCUGGUCAAGAACUAUCCACAGCUGGUGGGAACGCGUGUCUGCUUGGGCAUCGCUGAAGCGGGUCUAUUCCCCGGAGUGGUCUAUUAUCUAACUUUAUGGUACCCCCGCCAUUUGCUUCAGUUCCGUAUCAGUCUGUUUUAUGGUUCGGCGUCGCUCGCCGGUGCUUUUUCGGGUCUGCUGGCGUAUGGAAUCGGGUUCAUGAGUGGAACUGGGGGUCUUCUUGGAUGGUCGUGGAUUUUCAUUCUCGAAGGACUUCUGACGACGAUUGUCGGUAUAAUCGCGUUUUUCGUACUUGUUGAUUUCCCAUCUACGGCCACAUUUUUGACUCCUGAAGAACGUUCAUUCAUUAUCCACACAAAGAGAUAUGAUAAUUCGAGCGUUGGUGAGGAAGAACACUUCGAAAUGCGUCACUUUUGGGCUGCUCUCUGCGACUGGCAGGUUUGGGCGCAUAUAUUAGCAUAUAUGUCAGUUGUUGGCCCCAUCUAUGGAAUUACGCUCUUCCUUCCUACCAUCAUCAAUUCCUUCGGACACACUCCUGCUGUCAGCCAGCUCCUCACAGUUCCUCCUUAUGUUUUUGCUACUACUUGCGUGUAUACAUUUGCCCACUUUUCUGAUAAGGUCAAGAUGCGCUCGCCGUUUAUCCUUCUGGGACUCCUCUUCUGUCUCUUUGGAUUCUCAAUCAGCAUUUCCAAUGCAUCCAGCGGCGUCAAGUACUUUGGCACGUUCUUCGCCGUUUCUGGUGGAUAUGCUGCUUUCCCUGGUAUAGUCGCCUGGCUGGGAAACAAUCUCGCUGGGCAGUACAAACGAGGGAUCGGAUUGGCGAUACACAUUGGUGUUGGAAAUUUCAGUGGAGCUAUUGCUGCUAAUAUCUAUCGCUCAAGGGACGCUCCACGCUACCUAGUCGGACAUGGCGUCGAGCUAAUGUUCGUGGGAAUGGGUCUCAUCGUCGUCCCUUCCAUCGUUUUUACGUACACCCGCAUUAACAAGAAUCGAGACGCUGCGCAGCAGCAAGCUUUGAGCGGCGGAGACGCCACAAAGUAUUCGAAGCAACAGCUUCGAGAGCUGGGCGAUAGGGCUCCUGACUUCAGAUAUACCUUGUAA